AGAAGAAGCAACAAUACGCAGUGACGUAGGAGCUGUGUGUGAGUCUGUCUGACUUGCGAAAUGGGGAUAUGUGCUGUUCAGGCAAAGAACCGAGAGCUCCUGUGUUUAAGGGUUUUGUCCUCUUGUGAAACGGAAUAUCCAUGACCCCGGAAACAUCGGUCACUCUGGAAUGAGACGCUAACAAGCUUCAUGAAAUGAAUCUCUUGUUAGGAUGAUCAGGAAUCACCAGGGAGAUGAGUUUGUCGCUGUUCGAGUCCAAGACCCUCGCAUUCAAAACGAGGGUAACUGGAAUUCAUACGUCGACUAUAAGAUAUUCCUUCAUACCAACAGUAAAGCCUUCACAGCCAAGACCUCCUGUGUGCGCCGGCGCUACAGCGAGUUUGUAUGGCUGAAGAAAAAGCUGCAGAAGAAUUCAGGCUUGGUUCCAGUCCCAGACCUCCCAGGAAAAUCCUUCUUUUCCUUCAGCAAUGAGGACUUUCUGGAAAAGAGAAGGAGAGGACUUCAGGCUUUCCUAGACAAGGUGGUACACAUGACGGUAUGUCUGUCGGACAGCCAGCUCCACCUCUUCCUGCAGACCCAGCUGACGCUCAGCCACAUCGAGGACUGCGUCCAGGGCCUCACGCCGUACUCUGUAAUGGACGCCAUUCUCACCUACGCCUCAUCCAAUCAGGGGCUUGCUCAGGCUCAGGAGGAGGAUGCCUUCAGGGAGCCCAGCUUGACCGUUUCUUAUGAGUCCAUGGAGAGUCCAGCUCCUCAUCAACCAAGCCUCCAAACCAGCACAGGGCUCAUCCCUGAGCCCCCCCACAGCCACGACUCCGAUCCCCUGAAGGAUCUAUUGGAGGUCCCUGAACAAAAACUAGACAAAACUUCACCAAAAGUUUCAAUACAGAUUUCUCAGAAAAGCGAUCGCCUUGAAGCCGUUGUUGAAGAUCACACAGAGGUGACCUUUUAUCUGGGAAACACCCCUGAUGAUGGGAACUGCCUAAUGCAAACACCAGUGGAGGUCUACUCGCCAAUGAAGACCGGUGGCAUGGUCGGUUUUAGGGACGAGAGCUGGAUUCAAGGGAAUGGCGAGGAUCCAGACUGUGAAGGAAAGGAAAAAGCUGAAGCUAGCUCAGAUUUGAGGUGUGUUUACAGUGAAGAAGUAGUUAUGGAAAAUGGUGUUGAAGCUCUAGGAGAUGUUUUAGAAAAGCAGCCUCUGAACAAUGAAGAACACAAAGGUCCACUUUUAAAUGUUUACUCCAACAGAGAAGAAAGAGCCGAGAACAAACAAGACGAUCCAUCAGAAGGAAAAGAGGAGAUCUUCCUUGAGGCAGAAAUCAUGGAGAAGAAUGAUCCAGUGAUCCGUGUGCCAGAAUCCGAUGCUGGCUGCAACAACACCUUUCAAGAAAAUCACGAGGAAGAAGACGGGGAAGCGGAACUGAUUGAGACUAAAGAUGAUAGCAACGAGAGCAUCCAUUCACUCUCAUCUUGUGACGAGAGCAUCAUCAAGUGCAGCGAGGAGCACAGCCCUUGUGAAGAGGCCGAGGACCUGAUCCAGGCUGUCAGCAUCUAUGAGAAGACAUCUAUGGAGGUGUGUUCAGAGGUUGAUGCAUCCUGCAUGAACAUGUUGGACCUUCACGUGAACGGCUGCAUCCUUGAAAAAGUGAGCCCAAACAAUGAGGACCUGCAGCUUGUAACAAACAUGUGUAACCCCCCAAAUGUUGAGCCAGCUGUAGCUGAGGGAGAUUGGACUGAAAACGCCGACUUUAGCAUCUUAGGAAGCAGUUGUGGGCCUGGAUCCACUGAUAGCAGAAACACAGAGCAGGGAACCCUGUCCUCGCGGUCUUUGGAUGCUGCAGAGGAGACUCGAGAAGUUGAUGUCAAGUCUGGGAGCUGCGGCCACAUUUGAUAAGGGCUCUGCAGCAGAAACCACAAAUCCUGAGAUUUGUCCUGAGCCAAAGAUACAUCAAGUCACACAAACACAACUGGGGCAAAUGUAUGUUUAUGUUACAAAAGGUAUUUAUUUAUUGUCCUAGUCAAAAAACACAUGUUUAGCUACUAAAAACAACACAUUCAAAAUGAUGCCCUCUCGUAGUUAAUUUCCUGACAGCUCGGCUAUUUGGCUCUUUGACCAGCAGAGGGUGCUCAAGUUCACUGAAAAAUACUCCACAAAGAGCGAGCUCAGUCUCUCCACGUUCCCUAGAAUUUUUAAGCUGUUUUCCUUCUCAAAUUUUGAUUUAUUAACAAAUAUCUGACAAGAAUAAAAUUCAUUUAAUAAUAGUUUUUAAUGUAAAAGAAAACAGACAGUUAUUCUUUAAAUCCAAAACAUUAAAUGGCCGUGAAAUAAUAUUUUAAGCACUGAGCUUCAACUAAAUUAGGACAUUUCAAAAAGAUUGUCUUGCUAAAUGAAUGGAUCGUCUGUUAGGUUUCCCCCAGAUGGAGCAAGCACCUAUUGAAAUAGGCACAAUUUUAAAAAGAUAUGAAUGUGUCCCAAGAUUAUUUUAGCUCUUUUUUGAUGCUCAGAACUACACGUUAUACGAAUAAAUUAGAAAAAGAUAAAUAAAAACCUAGGGCAAUUUUCUGCAUUACAUUUUUUUAUUUGAAAUCCAUCUCAAAGGCCUAAAAACCCAAAUUUCUCAGGUAAUUUAGGCCUAAAAACCAAAAAGGUUGUGUUGUAUUUUAAAACGUAAAGAUUUUGUGCAGACAGUUUCUCAAAAAUUUUGAGUUUUCUGACCUUUUUUUUAAAAGUGAAAUCAGUAAAUAUUACUGUUUAUAACCAUCCUGGUGGAUCUAAAUUAUAGUUCAGUCCGAUGCUCAUUCAACAAAGACAGCCUGACCAACUUCUGGUGGGAUGGAGGGAAAUGGAGUUAAAAAAAUUACAAAUAAGACACAUGUAAUUUGACUUUCAUGGGUUUUCUGAAAAAGCAGCAGGUGACGUUUGUAAAGCAGGAAAACUGUGUGAUGCCGAUGUGACAGUUUUAGUGAGGAUGUUUGGCUUUUUCCAGAUGUGUGUACCUGCAGUCCUUGUUUCUGACCCCUCCCUGACAAAAAAAACUGCUUCUUAUACUUAAGAAGGGACCCUGAGAUAACAACACUACUAUAUGUUUGUUGGGAGCUCUUUUUGUCUUUCUUUCACUUUGUUUUUGUCAUAAAGAGAAUGGAUUUAAGGAAACCAAACAUCUGUUUUACAAUGUGGAUCUACAAGGGUAAUGUUAGCUUUUUGAGUGACUGUAUCCAUAAACAAAUGUUUAAGGUGGUUUAUUUCAAAUAAAUCAGUUUUCCUCCA